AUGCCCAAGGUUAAAUAUUACGCCGUGCGGCAAGGCCGCGAGGGGCCAAAGAUAUAUCUCUCCUGGGACGAGGUAACGUUCGCUUCCUUCAUUUGCUGGGCAAAUGUGUCGUUUACAUUGGCGUUGACCUCAUCCGCAGUGCAAAGCGGCUAUCGGCCGACAGAGGCUGUGGCUUCCUCGAUUACGCACCCAUCAGGCUCACAUUCAGGUCUGAGCACCGAAACCCCGAAUAUCGUCCUGUCGGACGACCAGAAGAAGGUGCUCCGGCUCGUGGAACAGGGUGAAAGCGUUUUCUUCACAGGCUCAGCCGGCACCGGCAAAUCCGUCCUUUUACGCGAGAUCAUCAGGGUUCGCGGCGGCGUAUCGAGCUCGGCGCUGGCCGUGACAGCCUCUACGGGUAUCGCGGCGGUCAACAUCGGUGGAACGACUCUGCAUUCCUGGGCGGGGGUCGGCCUCGGGCAGGAGAGCGUUGAGCGUCUCGCGGGCAAGAUCCGAUACCAGCCGCUGCUCGAGAAGGUGCUCAAACGCUGGCAAAACGUGGAGACGCUCGUCAUCGACGAAACUUUCUUCGACAAGCUUGAAGAGCUCGCAAGGAUACUGCGGGGAAAUGACCAGCCUUUCGGUGGUAUCCAGGUGCGGGGCAUUCAGCACUGCACUCAGCCCGUGCGGACGCCAUCUCAUGCCGACUUCGUCGACAUGCUCAACGCCAUGCGAUUCGGCCGCCUAGAGCCUCCCACAAUCGCUGCCUUCAAGAAGCUCUCGAGGACUGUGAAAUACGACGACGGCAUAGAACCCACGGAGCUCUACCCGACUCGACGAGAAGUCGAUAGCGCGAAUCAGACCCGGCUACGGCAGCUGCCCGGAGAUCCUCGUCAAUACAAGGCCCUUGACGUACCGGGCUACGACGACAAUGGCAAUCGCCUCCCGAUAGACAAGACGAAGAAGCUGCUCGAGAGGCUUGUCGCCCCGGAGGAGAUCACGCUAAAGAACCUGGAGCAAGGAGUCCUCGUCAACGGCUCCGUAGGGAAAGUGAUCGCAUUUGGUCACCCACCGCCGCCGCCGCCAUCACCACCUGCAUCCCCGCCAGACAGCGAACCCCAAGGCGAACAACCACCUCAGGUACCUGCACCAUCCAACCAAGGGCCCGCAUGGCCCGUGGUGCAGUUCAUCAAUGGCAUAACCAAGAUGUGCCAUCCUGAGGACUUCACAGUGAACAAUGCCCACGGGGAGGCCGAGGCUACUCGGACGCAGGUACCUUUGAUUCUGGCAUGGGCGUUGAGCAUGCAUAAGUCGCAAGGACAAACGCUCGAGAGGGUCAAGGUCAACCUUAGCCGUACAUUCGAGAAAGGCCAAGGCCAGUACCUAUUACAUCGCGAUAGUACAAGUGGGCUGACCACCAAUACUGCGCACAACAGCUACGUCUCCUACAUCAUUCAACCAGGAGAGCAGACCAGCGUCAUUCACACAUCUACCACGUUCGUCAGGGUUCGGGCGCAUCCGCGUGUCCUGGAAUGGUACGAGCAGCAGCAAGAUCAUCAUGAUGGGCAGGAGUUCGAGGAUGAGAUGGACAGCGAGGAGGCGAUGGCCGCAUUCUACGAAGACGACUAA